AUGGGCUACGCCAAUUCUCAGUCUAUCAAGGUCGAUGGAAUGAGCUUGGCACCCUGGGGCGCGCUCGGCGGUGGCGCUUUCAAGACGGAAGAGCAACGCAAGUCCCAGGAGGGCCGCAAAGUUCAGGCUAGCGAAGCACAAAUCAAGAUUAGCCAGGUGCUGGAAAAGAUCGCCAACAGCAAAGGCACAAUCAUCACGAGUGUUGCUUUGGCUUAUGUCAUGCAAAAGACGCCUUACGUCUUCCCUAUCGUCGGUGGCCGCACUGUCGAUCAUCUGAAGCAAAACAUCGAGGCGUUAGCCCUCGAUCUCUCCGAUGAAGAAAUCCAGGAGAUCGAAGGAGCUGUCCCGUUCGAUAUGGGCUUCCCGCACAACUUCUUGUGGGGAGAGAAGGUCCCGUCGAACCCUGGCGAAGUCUGGUUGUUGAAUAUGGGAGGAACUUUUGACUAUGUUCCAGAGCCCAAGGCUAUCGCACCCAAAGAAGGCGGAAAGUAG